CCAUCCCCUCCCGAGAGGGAUGCUUUAUUUCCCAAUUGGACAGUGCCCUGAACAUAAAUAAGGGACAAUCCCUGCUGCCUCUGGAGGAGGAGAGGCUUCAACAAGACCGGCUUGUUCUUGUCUCUAUCCUGAUUUACCAUAUGACCUUGGGCAAGCCAUUCAUCUUCCUCCAAUACAGUUUCCCUAAUUGUAAAAUGGAAAUAAAAAUACUCACUGGCUUGCUGAAGAUUAAUGAGACAAAAUGAAUGCCCCUAGGCUCCCUGAGGGGAAGAGUCUGUGCUUGAGAAGGCAAAGGACUAUUAAGUAAUGUUAUUGGACUUUUCAGGCAACUUGGGAAAGAAAAACCACGGCAAUAAACUCAGGAGCUCUGAGCUUCCUCUUUUAAAAAACAAGCAUCAAAAAUAAAUAAGACACGCAGCUGUUACAACUAGCCCAACAUUUCCUGCGUGUUUCUCUAGCAGCUGCUGGGGUUCUAAAAGUCCAGUAGCAGGAAGCCUGGCCCUGGGUCUCUUUCUUCAUAGUUCUCCACCCCUUGGUUCUGCAGUGAACAAACAGGGAGUGAGCGUUUCAGAGAUGCAUUGUCUUUUUCUGUAAGAUAGUGAAUAAUGUGAUUAUUUACCACAUAUGUUUAGUCAUACAUGGAGAUGCUGGCAUAUAACAACUUCCAAACAAGUAUCUGCUGAUUACUUCUGUUUCCUUGUAGCAGAAUUAUUUUGAGCCUAUUGAAAUAUUCCCCCCUCUGAAAUUCAAAGGUUUUCAUGAUAAAGCAUUGUGGUCAUAUAAUGUCCGUGAGGACAUUAUUUGUACUUUAAGGACACUAGGAACCACAAAGCCCUCUUCUGGUGAACAAAACAGGUUUGGGACUUGGGCAACGCCUUAAAAUUCCAGCACUUGUACACAAGGGGGCACUGUGAGCCUGCUUUGGCAAGGGAUAGAGGGCUUGCUGUGAUCUGUGUUAGACAGGGAGGGUCUGUGCUACCCACAGGAUCAGGACCUUAAUCCAGGCUCUGGAAAGGGCCACUCGGGUGAUCUAGGGCUGGGGACAGAGCAGCUCCACAACUACCCGCGUUGUCUCUCUUCUUUCCCCAAAUAAAAUAACCGCAGCUAUUUUUCAAGGUGAGAUUCUUGGGUCUAGGAGCUUGGAAACACAGACACCCACUCCCACACAUCCUAUAACUGUAGAAAUACAGGAGCAUUUUGGGUCCAGGUCUAUCAGGUAUUUUCCAGGCCAUAAAGAUAUCAUCGGAUUUUCAGUGUCCCUGUUCCAAGUGGGUUUAGGCUCCGCCAGUUUAGAGAAAGAGAGACAUAGUCCGUUCUCCCCAACCUGAAGUCCUGCGGAUAGGGACAUGACCCUAAAACCACUAGUGUCCACCCAUCUAUGACGUGGCAAGUGACAAUCACGGCCCCAUUGAGAUUUCUUCAGGAAGAAGAUAGGAGUCAAGUGAGCUGACUCUUUACUUCUGUGAAAAGGGAGGAAAUAGUUGCCACCUGCAAGGUUUCUUAAGGUUUUAUCUUAUCCCCCAAAAGAUCAGACCCAGGGAAAGGCUGUGCAGGAGCUCGGGUCACCCGCCCCACACCUUCAAAGUUGGGACAUUGGCACCAGGAGGAAUCUCUGUUGAUUUUGUUACUCUCAUCUAGACAGAAAGUGCUAGAUGCCCUAGCGUUCUUUUUAAAGCAAACUGCGUGGUGGUGUAUCGAUUAACAGGCGAUCCUGGGGCAGGAAAGGGACAGUCUGCUGUGAUCCCUGCCUCUAAGCCUGUAAACCUCACGUGUCCCUGGGCACGCAGCCGCCCACCCGGGGCAGAAUGAUUGUGAUGAGAGGUGGAGAAAAGGCAAAAAGCAGGCAAGAUUGAGGGGGGCCUGACACAACACGGUGUGUGUGUGUCAGGAUGGGGGUGGGAGUAGAUGGGGGGGGGGUAUAUGGACCAGAUAGGGCCACGCUGAUCAAGGAGAAAGUAAAAACCCAUCCCAAACUUUCUCAGAUCUGAUGGUCGUGGAAGGGCAAGUCAAUCAGGAGCAGGAGUGCCCCUCCUGAGGCCCACACGCGUGACUAGCUGUAGCGAGGAGGGGCCGCACGCCCAUCGGGCUGGACAGUCCCCACGUUGCGCCCACCCUGCUGCCAAAACGCUGCUGCUCUGGGCACAGAAAGCAGGAUCACAGAGGUAGGCACACCGUGCGACUCGAGCCUGGCAGCUGCUCCUUAGAAGAGACUUCUACGUGCAUCGAGAAAGGAGAAGGAACCCUGGACUUCACAGCCUUGCUCAGCCCAGUGGGGUGGUGGGGACUUGCCCUUGGACACGCCAGCGAGAGUCACUAUAAGCUUGGGAACUGAGCGAAGAGAAAUCUAAGGAUUCAGAGAAGUCGGAUUCAACAAAAAUGUCGAAAAAUAUCAAGGGUAGCCACCAGAGUCCGGAAGCUUAAUAGCCGCCGGGUCACUGUGACCCCAGGAACGACAGUGACUGACACGCGCGCAGACCAGGCGCUCGCCCGCAUCCGCGGGUCUGCCAGUCCGAGCCGCCUCCCUCGCGUGGAACGUGGGUGCUGACGCCCGCGGCGGCGGCCAGAAACGACAUGCAGCGCGCAGCCCCCGGACUGUCCCGGCUGGGUAAACUCCUGGCCGGCGCGGCGCGACGGUGACCCGCGCGGGUGCGAGGGGUGUGCCCGGCCCCGCCCGCGCGCCCCUCCCCGCGGAGGCCGCGCAUCCAGGGGCGGCGCGGAACCGAGCGGCUCGCCCAGCCGCCUGUGCCCGCGAGCGCCGCGCCUGCUCGGGGAAUCCACUUCGCUGCUAGACGCUUCUCGCUCAAGCUCGCGCUCUCCCAGGCUGCUUCCCAUGGCAUUUGCUCUGAGGCCAGAUCCUAUCCACUAACCGAGAAACUUUUCCAGCCGUUUCUUCUCUCCCACCCCCUUCCAGGAGAGGAUUAAAAGUUCCAAGAACUGGUACCGCCAGUGUCUCUUGGGUACUCGCCGGUGAGUUCCCAGUCUCAGCCAUGUGCACCAACAUAGUUUACGAGUGGCUGAAAGCGUUACAGCUCCCGCAGUACGCCGAGUCCUUCGUGGAUAAUGGCUACGAUGACCUGGAAGUGUGCAAGCAGAUCGGAGACCCGGACCUGGACGCCAUCGGGGUACUGGCUCCAGCGCACCGCCGGCGCAUCCUGGAGGCUGUGCGCCGGUUGCGGGAGCAGGAUGCGGCCGCCGCCGGCCUCUACUUCACGCUGGAACCUCAGCCGGUACCACCAGCACCGCAGGUGGAAGCGGUGCCACCAGGCCGCCGGGGGGAGUCAUGUGGCGGCUCUGCCCAGGGCACUCGCGGGGACCCCCGUGGCCAGACGAGCGCUCCCCGCAGCAGGGAGCUGGUGAGCUACCCCAAGCUGAAGCUGAAGAUCAUGAUCCGGGAUAAGCUGGUCCGCGAUGGUAUCCACCUGAGCAAGCCCCCAUACUCGCGCAAGGUCCCAAUGGCCGGCAUCCUAGCGUACUUAAUGAAUUGGCCGAAGUCAUCACAGAACCGCUAGCUAUCAUUUUUGAGAGCCCGUGGAGGACUGAUGAGGUGCUGAAGACUGGAAAAGGGCAUAUUUAGACUCUCCUUUCACAAAGGGAACUGGAUGGUGACUCUGGAAACACUCAUCAGCUUAAAUUUUUGGCUUGGAAAGUUCUGGAAUAACCAACUUAGUAAGCUGAAUAACUUACGUGUAGCUAGUGUAAGGCAGCGACGUGCUGCCCACGAAAAUCCUUUGAACUUGGUUUAAAAGGACACUUCAUGCGGGACAAAGUUCAAUACAUCUCUUGGGAUUUCUCUCCUUUGCUCUUUGAAUUUUUCAUCGUAAUAGAUGGGGUUAAGACUUGUGGGUAAUUACUAAUUUUAAGUAUACCAUACCAAAAAUGUUUCUUACAAUAGCUAAUUAAUUAAUCAUAUCACUUUCAAGUUAGCCUCUAUUUCGAGAAUAGUAACUUUCAUUUUAUAUUUUAACAUACAUGUUAUUCUACUUUGGCUAGAGCUCUGUUUUUAUUAAUCUAUGUUAUGUCGUAUAUAAUCCUAUAUAAAGUAGUUUGGUGAAGGAACUCUUACUUUAGGUACUUCAUAUGGUGAGUUCACCUAUAAAUAGAAGCAUAGUACUGACAGUUUAAGGAAGAAAUCCCUUUCUAACUUUUUAAAUUUAAUCUGGUGGAGGUAUGUUGUUCCAUUAGGAGUGCCACGUCCUGACAUGAUAUUGAUGAUAUUGAACACAUGAGUUGUUUCAUUCUUCCUUGCCCGGAGACUUCCCCAGCCUUCCCCGCCCCCCAAAUUGCCUUAUAUCAUCUCCCUCUCUUUAGCAGACUUUGGAUACAAGUUUGGGGGCAGGGACGUGACCUGUGGCAGUAGGCAAGGGGAGCCUUGUCCAUGGACCGGUACUUGAGGAAGACAGAGGGAAACGGGUGGGAGUGACGAAAUGAACACGAAUCUAGAGUUUGGGGUUUGUUUUGUUUUUUCGUGUCUCGUCAUUAUUCCCUUUGGAUGUUGUUAGUUUGAUUUCCUGCUAAGAAAAUGCAAGAGUGAAGAUAGGGUCUGAUCUUAGAUGAGAGAAGGCUAUGGGAGAUUAAACAAUGCCAGCAAGCUACGGGGGCUGGCAAGUUGAGAGAGCCCCUCAGCUGUCCUGUACUGCGGAAUUGUCUCUUCACCACUCAGAAGUAAAACAAAGGUGCAGGCUUAUGUCACUAAAAUUAUGGACAAGAACAGGAAACCUUUAAAGGGGAGAGAUUGGCAUUCACCUUGUCUCUAGGAGUAGGUAGGCAAUUAAGAAGGGAUGAGAUUUCCAAAGGCAUUCAUGCCACAAAUACUGCUUUUAAAAUCUAAAAUUUAAACACGCGAGCUGCCUUCAGAGAUGAAUGUAUCACUCUGCAAAGCCUUUCUCGAGAUUAAAUACAGAUGUAAGGAAAUUAACUCCCAAGAGCAUGUUGUGAGUGGCUCCCUCUCCAAUACAACCAACUGCUCCGUCACCUUUUCAAAUAAGCUGGUCUUUAAGAUACCUGUUAGAUUUUUUUUUUGAAGAGGUGUGGGUGUCCGCAUAGAUCACUGAUAUGAUUUACUGUGAUAAUGAAUUGCUUCCUGGUUGAGACCUCAUUUCGAGGUGCCACCUCCGUGACAGAUUUAUUUUACAGAUGUCCAUUUGCAUGCAUUUGUUGAACUGCGGCUAGUAAGGACCCAAUUUCUGAAAAAAAAAAUCUAUUAUUUACCCUAAAGGCAAUAAGAAUAAAAUCCUCUGCAACCAAAAAGGGCUCUCACAUCCUUUCAAGUUUUAUUUUCCAUUUGAAUGAUGUCCGACUUCAAUUAUUGGGCUGAAUUUAAAUCUUGUUUCUAUGCCACUACUGGAAUUCGAAAUUAACAAUAACCUACCUAAAUUAUGAGUCACAAUUUAAGAUGGUAGAAUAGCCAGUGGGUCUGAAAAGUUUCUUGGGUAAAGAAAGGAGAAUAAAACUCUAUGAAGAGAAUCAGUGAGAAGGAGCUUGCUGGUUUUUCCUGUACAUUAAAUCAAAAUGAGUUAGGACAGCAUACCAAAGGAACUCUGCCCUUGAAUUGUUCUAUUGGGACUUAUCUUUAGGAAGAGUCAAUUUAUCAGCAUGUCUUUUCCUUUUAUCUAAACACUGGUGAUUUCAUUAAUAUCUGAAUGUGAAAGAUGAAAAUAUGAUAACAGCAAGAUUCAUGUCUUGAUACGUCAAUUCAUAGUUCCCAUCCAAAUCAGGUUAUGACAGGGUCUUAUUUUAUAAUAUUGAGAGGCUUAGAGAAUCACAGCAAAAUUUUCUUCAUCUUAACAAAAAUUGUGAGUGUAUGAAGAAAUCUAACUCAUGCAAAAAUUGCUUCGUCAAGGAGGGUGGCACACAUCUGUAAUCCCAGCUGAAUUCCAAGCUUGAGGCCAGCCUGGGCUAUGUAAUGAGAAUUCUGCCUCCAUAAACAAAUCAGAACAAAACAGAAUAAAAUAGAUGGGACUAUGGAGAAGGCUCCGUUAGUCAAGUUUGUUAGUCAAGCAUGAGGACCAAUGUUUGAGCCCUAGAAGCUACCAUGUAAAAAAGCCAGGUAUAGCAGUAUGUACGGAGGAGGACAAGACAACAGACCCCUGGGGCUUGCUGGCUGGUCAUUCUAGCCUACUUGGUGAGUCAGUCACAGGCCAAUGAGGGACCCUGUGCCAAAACAAACAAUCAAAACAGAAAAACCGAAACAAGAUGUGCCUGUAGAGAACACCUGAAGCUGACCUCUGGCCUGCACAUGAGUAUGUACGUACACGCAUGGGCGUGCGUGCACACACACACACACACACACACACACACACACACGAAAGCACAAUUAGGGAGGGAGGAAGAGAAGGAGGGAGGAAAAGAGAGAUAUUUCUGGGCAUAAAGAAAAUAACAAUUUAAGGAAAAAAUAAAGCCAAAAAUCUCAGAAGCAAAUUUAUAGCCAUACAAGAUAGUGGUUUCUCAGUCCAAGAAGAUCAAGUAUUUUUUUAGACAGGAGCAGUUUGCAUCAUGGUUGGUAAUUUGAACUACAGGAGGAUAGUGAGCAUGAGGGCUUCCUUUGAGAUUACUCAAAUCAUAAUUCAGAUUCUAGAACUAUCCCAGUGGUGCUUUCUUGAGCCAACACUCCAAGGUGCACAAACUCUACUGUAGCUUGAGGAAUCAUUGCAAAUAACACUGAAACUUAAAGCUUCUUUUCUUUCAUCCGUAAAAUGGCAAAAAUAAAUAUCCCCUCCACUUAAGAGGCUUAGGAGUUCUGCAACUUAUACCUAUUUUCAGUCCUUGGCUCAGACAUGGCAUCAGCAAGCGCUGACUGUCUCUCUCCCUAGCCCUUCCUCAAUGUCAGUGAUUUUCUUCAUUUCUUUUUAUGUGGAAGAGAUUACUUAAAACCAGCUGGAGAAUCAAGUAUAUAUUGACAUGUUCUUCUGUUGUUCAUUAAAAAAAGGCCUUUUGCUUUUUAAGGGGGCUCAGAAAAAGCUACCCCAUAUCAUCCUACUAGGAGUUCAGUGAAUGAUUAGUGGCGGGAUGAAGAGAGUUUGAUUUAACAAUAGGAUAGGGAGAUGGCUUAGUCCGUGAGAUGCUGCCCUUUGAAGCACACAGAGCUGAGUUAGACCCCAGAACCCUCAUUUAGAAAGGACAAGUCUUUGUAAUCCAUUGCUAGAGAGGUGGAGACCAUUGGACCCCUGGAGCUAGCCUGGCCUACUUGAUGAGCUCCAGGUCAGUGAGGGAUCCUUGUCUUUCUCUCACAUGUCCAUAAGGUAGAUGGAAUCUGAGCUACAAUAUCUGAGGUUGUCUUCUGACCUGCACACACACCUCUGGCUCUAACACACACACACACACACACACACACACACACACAAAGAAAGGGUUCAAGUUGUCUGGAGAAACUGUCUUAUGGGCACACAUGUAGAUAUUUUUCUAGUACUCCUGUUUCUAUAGCAGCAUCAGGCAGUGAAUGUGGCAUAUGUGUGGAUUCCUGCUAUCAUUACUGUCUUGCACAGUGAGUGCAAGUGUUUCCCCUCAAUGCUACAUCUGCAGUGGAUUCAGCCAAAGAUGAAGAGGAACGAGCCAGCUCUUUUGUAAACUGUAACGAGGAGCCAGUCAUACCAGUGAGCAGAAACAGCAUUGACACCAGCCUAUCUGAGUAUUUUAUCACUUAGAGCCCGAGUGUUGUACACAGUUCCCUUAAAUAGAGAGGUUGAAGAAGAACAGAAAAAGACGCUAAAGAAGUUAAAAAUCUGGGGAAAAUGCUCCACUCAUAUCCAAUAUGAGUAAUGUCUAAGUUGUUAUAAAAAAUAGCUUGUCAAGGCAGAUGAAAUAUUCCUUACUUUCAGGAAUGUAAGGAAAUAAGAAUAGAGGAUUGGAGCGAGGGAGAUAAAAAUGAAGAUCCAAUCUCCAGUCGCCACAUCUUAAUCCCAACCAAGUAGCAAGAGUUGGAAAAUUUUUGCAUGAGAUAAGCUGGUAAUGUAGAAUAAACCCAAGGGGUGCUUUACUAAGUAACACCAGGUUGCCCAGAGCAAAGCAAGUUACGCUUUGGUUUCUAGAACUUUCUGAUUUUACUUGUAUCAUGAGUCUUAACCUUAAUUAUAUAUUUCUACAUCAGAUAGUCACAAUGCUGAAAUUUUGUGUUAAUUUCUGAGAUAAAAACCAGAAGCUUCCUUUCAUAAACACUAAUCACAGUUGGAUAUUACAUUAAAUGCAAAGGGAGAAAAAAAGGGCAGAGAACUUAGAAAAACAAUUUAAUUUACCUUUCUCUUUCUAUUCAUCAAAAUACGUAUUUUCUUUUUUAAAUUGUCUACGUUCUAGAAAUGAAGUUUCACAUUUUAUUGCUAAUGUUAAAGAUACCUUUUAGGAGAAUAAGUGCUUAAAUUGUACAAUAAGAACCAUAUGCCAUUUUCCCCUCUUUCUUUCCUUUAUUUUUAUUUCUUUAACAGUUUUCGUCAAAUUUCUUCCUCUGGGCAAAAAUCCGAUUAGUGAAGUUUUGAACAUUUAAACUGGACAAUUUUUUGUAUAAAUAUGCUGUAUAAUGCCUUUUAUUAGAUUUUUUUCUUAUUUCAAAAAUGAAAUAUUAUAUUGAUUCUCAAAAACAAGGUGACUUGUUGAAGGAGACAGAUGUUAGACUGUCUGCCACUCAUUGCAGUUGCUGCUCUAUUGACUGAGCCCGUGAUGAGAUACAAGUUGGGUUAUUAAAGUCAUUCACUGAAAAGUUGUUCCCAUAUAGAAGCUUGUGUAUGGGGCUGGGAAGUCAACAUGGAUUUUUCCUACUGCUCAAGCACAGAUUUUCUGAUUGAAAGUUACCAUUUGUAUUUGUAAACAUAAUGACGAAAUAGUGUUUUCCCUCUUUCAGUUUUUUUAAUGGAGGGAGGGACAGACAGUAUGUGGCAAGUCUGUGACAAGCCUAAUUGGGAUAUCCUUGUGAACCAUGUCAUGUAUGCAGCACUGUGAUUUGCAAACAUAUGUCUCCCUUCAAUAAAUGUCACAGCUUUCACAGUGGUUCUCCCUUGGCCUCUUUUGUAAUCUUUUGCAUUCCAAUAUAGGCAACAGUUUGAGCAUUCUCUAAAUUGGUAACCUAUGAAUAUUUAUGAUGCAAUACCACAUUGAUGAGCAUGGAAAAUCAGAGUUCCAACUGCAAAGAAAGUCUCCUACUACAUGUAAAACUACACGUGAGCCCGUUAUGUGUACUUGAGUGUAUUUGUGUAAAGGUUAUAUGUGAACCAAGCCACCUUGCCUUCUGUGAUUCUGAGCAGUUCCAGUGGCUGACCCAGUGGGAAUGGUGGGCUGUGCUGAUUGGUAGGAAGGCUUCCUGCAGCAGUUUCUGCACAUGGACAUCCGCUGGGGCUCCCACAGCGCUGCCUCCACUUGAGGACAGUGGUAAUUCCAUAGCAGAUAAGCCACGUCUUAGAGAUCCUUAGACCCUGAGUUUUGAAUUCAAACCCAAACAUGAUUGAUUGGGGAUGAGAGAACCUUAGAAAAGUGGAAUAAUCAUUUUAUUUGCUUAUCAUAGUCCUAAAACAUUAGUUUGAAGUUUGGCAGAAACCUGGACAACAGUAAUGGUGCUUUGGGCCAUAUGUGUUGAUAAUUUUUGUUAAUCUUUUGUUUACAUUGAAUAUGAGAUGAAAGUAAAUUUAAAGUGAAGAUGUAGUUGGUUUUUCCCAAGGCCUCUAAUCUUGUUAUUUUUUUUCUUCAUUUAUGUUCCAGUACAUAUACAUAAAGAGUGAUAUGACAUUUACAAGCAAAAGGCUCAUCUUUCUAGAGUGCCCUGAAUUUGAACUUCGACCAUCAGUUCAUGAUUUAGCCUUGGCUCUUGUCCAUAUAGUCCCAGGGCCCUCCAGGGACCAGGACCAGGCUAUGAAAUCCAAUAUUUCACCUCCACAUCUACAUUGAGCUCAUAAGCAUUUUUAGAAAAGUUCAUGGACUUGAUAGACAGCAUCAAAACACUUUUUUUUAAUUAAAGAGAUACAUGCAGACAGCAAAGCUCACCAGUAUGAGGUUUUAAGAGAAUAGAUGGUUUAUGUCAUUAGUAAAAAUCAGUUUACAUCAGGCAACUUCUAAGGAGUCUUUCAUCUGAAUCUGGAUAACAAGUGACCCUAGUUUCAUCCCAGGCCAUCUGGAGCCCCGCUGAGAAUUUUUGUUAAUUUAAAAGAGAAAUCAUAAACAAUUUUAAAUGAAGUAGUUACUCCUUGCUCCCUCCUAGACUCAGCCCUGAGGACAGAAGAGAUUCAUGUAACUAUGGAUGCUUUUUUGGCCAGCCUCUUCUACUUUAAAAUACAUUCUUGCACCAAAACCAGAAUGGCUGUGGAAUCUCAUCUGCUCCUUGGUUGAGUAAUGAGCACUGAUUGCAAACUCUGUGUAUUCAGUGUGCAACACUUCACAUUCCUAUCCGCUCAACCAAUUUCACUCCAACUUCUUUCUGGAAGUUCUUCAAUCGACCCAGCAGCAUUCCCCCCCCCCCAAAAAAAAGCCACUUGGAAUGAAGAACAAACAUUUAAUUUUGUCCUAAAUUUGUCAAUCAGAAAGCCUGAAUCCAGUCUUGGCUUUCCUGGUGAGUAGUGCUGUCUACGUUGCUUCCUCUUCCACCUUCCGUUUCCCAUCUGUGAAAGCAUUCAGGGAACAGAACAUCCAAACACACUCUGGGGAAGAGAGGAGCAGACGGUAUGUGAGCAAAGCACGUCUAUGGGAAGGAAUCGCCAAGUGGCAUCACCUGAAGUCAUUGAUGACCUCGGCCAGGCCAGGAGCAUGUUUGUUCAGCCCCCGCUAGGCUCCCUCCAACUUGGUACUUCCUCUGUUCCUGGCAUAUUGUUUGACAUAGGCCUGAAUGAAUUCUCUCAUUCUGAAGCGAACUACACUCCAAGGUCUGUAAGUUGGUUCUACCAGGGCAUUUUCUGUUGUCAAGGAACUUGCAGAACACCGUGGCUUCUGUGUUUGUAUGACAGCAUGCUUUUCACCUUCAGACACAGACAAUCAUGCUUCCCGUUGUUAGACAUUUGCCUUGCAUGGUUUCAUUGUUAUGCAAAUCUUCUAGAUUUUCUAUUU